AAGUCAUUGCCUUUAACACAGAGAAGACCUCACUGUCCCUUUUUGGCCCGCCAGCUGACCCUCGCCAUCCCCAUCAUUGCUGCCAUCCUGUUUUUCUUCGUCAUGAGCUGCCUGCUACAGACAAGUUUCACCGACCCCGGAAUCCUGCCCCGGGCCACCGUCUGUGAGGCAGCGGCCCUGGAGAAACAGAUCGACAACACAGGCAGUUCCACGUACCGGCCACCCCCUCGGACCCGGGAGGUGAUGAUCAAUGGGCAGGUGGUGAAGCUGAAAUACUGCUUUACCUGCAAGAUGUUUCGGCCGCCCCGGACCUCACACUGCAGUGUCUGCGACAACUGUGUGGAACGGUUUGACCAUCACUGCCCUUGGGUGGGCAACUGUGUGGGGAAACGGAACUACCGCUUUUUCUACGCGUUCAUUCUUUCCCUCUCAUUCCUGACGGCCUUCAUCUUCGCCUGCGUGGUCACCCACCUGACGCUGCGCUCUCAGGGAAGCAACUUCCUCUCCACUCUGAAGGAGACGCCAGCGAGCGUGCUGGAGUUGGUGAUCUGCUUCUUCUCCAUCUGGUCCAUCCUGGGCCUCUCAGGGUUUCACACUUACCUCGUCGCCUCCAACCUGACAACUAAUGAAGACAUCAAAGGCUCGUGGUCCAACAAGAGGAGCGGUGAGGCCUCUGUCAAUCCCUACAGCCAUAAAAGUGUUAUCACUAACUGCUGUGCUGUGCUCUGCGGCCCCCUACCUCCCAGCCUGAUUGACCGGAGGGGAUUUGUGCAGUCUGACACCGUGUUGCCCUCGCCCAUCAGAAGCGACGAGCCAGCCUGCAGAGCCAAGCUUGAUGCCAGCAUGGUAGGAGGCCACCCCUGAACCGGGCUCAGUACUUGCCACCUGCUGGCCUGUAUGCCCCUCCGCACUCACCUGCCGCCCUCCACACCUACCAGGACCCUCCCCAUUUCACCCGAAGGGAAGCAGAGCUGCCAAAGACUUUUUAAGUCUUUUCAUAUUUA